AUUUACACAAUGGCACGAAGAUUUUGUAUAAAGAGCAAUGAACUCAGAAGCCCAGCUGAAUCACUGAGAAGUCCAUACACAAUUCCCAAUGUUCGAAGCUCUUUACUUGAAGAUAAAACAUCAACACCAUCAAGGAACUUCUUAUUUUGUGAGCAGACUAAAGAAUUCUUUGCAAAUCGUGAGAAUGGUUCAAGUGGAAGUACUCAUGUUGGGUACUGUGAUGGCUUUAACAAGCAAGGGAUUGGAUCAAGUGUGAAUGAACGGGAACUGACAGGGAAUUUGGGAAAUUUGAAAGGUGCAAGUAACUUAUCAUCCUCAGUAAAGGAAACAAAUGCUGUGCCAGAUUCAGCCUUGGUCUCUGUAAAGCAGAAAAGAUUCCAGAGUUCUCUUGAUCAUGCUUUAUCUAUGGACCAUCAUCCACAGAGGUUUAAUACAGUAAAUCCUUUCCAUCAGCCCAAAUGCCAUUUCUGUGGAUUGUCUGGGUCCUUGAGAUGUACACAGUGUAAGCAUGUAUAUUAUUGUUCUGUGGACUGUCAGAGGAAAGACUGGCAAGAACAUAGUGUUGAGUGUAAGCCAGUUAAACACAAUACAGAUCUAGCUGAAGAUAAUGAAAAAUCAUUGGAUGAGAUCAUGAUAAAGGACAAUUUAUUAUCUGUGGAUAAUAAUGCAGCAGAAAAUGAAGGCAAGAAAAUAACGUUUCCAAAGCUGAAUACGUUAGGACUCAAGAAAAGCAUGAAAAUAGAGGGUACAAUAACUGUAUUCAAUAAUCCUGAUGAAUUUUAUGUACAAAUAAACUCUCCAGAAAUGCUAAAUAAUACCAGCAAACUUAGUGUGAAGUUGAAAGACUGUGACGGAGUCAUUCAAAAGGAAUAUAUUCCUUCCAAAGGAGAAGUUUGUGUUGCAAAAUAUUCCUUGGAUCAGAAGUGGUACAGAGUGCUCAUAAAAGAUGUGGAUAUCCUUAAGAAGAGAGCUCAGGUGCUAUAUAUAGACUAUGGAAAUGGAGAAGAUACACCACUUAAUAGAAUAAAACAAUUGCCCAAAGAUAUUGCUGUCUUUCCACCCUGCGUCAUUAAGUGCUGUGUUGCCAAUGUCAACACAGCUAAAAAAGAAUGGGAUGCAAAUUGCAGCAGUACUGUCGCUCCACUUCUUAUGGGAAAGUGUUGCUUAUUGACCAUUGUUGAUGUUAUGAUGGAUGAGAUGACAUCCUUUGUGGUAGAUGUUGUCCUGUCUAAUUCUGGUAAGCACUUGCAUGAAAUACUUUCGGAAAUGGCACACAGUUCAGAGGAUAUGAACAUCAAAGAAAAUUCAGCUGCUGGUCCAACCAUGGAAAAAAGCUCCACACAAGAAAAGACAUUAGAGGGUGGAGAUCUGGUUUGUAGUAAUUGUCUAAUCCCAAAGAUUAUUUCACUAUCUGUAGGAGAUGAAUUUUUUGGCAUGGUUGCCCAUAUAGAGACACCUGGAUACUUUUUUUGUCAACUGCUAGAAAAUGGCCACAAACUUGCUGAGCUUCAAGCAUCCCUGAGUGAAUAUGGUGACAAAAUAUCUGCUGUCCCUGACUUCUGUCCAUCAGUAGGAGACACAUGCUGCGCCCAGUUCACAGAAGACAAUCAGUGGUAUCGUGCAUCUGUUUUGUCUUAUCCAUCUGAGAAAACAGUUCUGGUGGGUUAUGUAGAUUUUGGAAAUUUUGAAGUCCUUCAGUUAAGUAGACUUCGCCCAAUAACGCCCAACUUAAUGGAAUUACCAAUGCAAGCUAUGAAGUGCACACUAGCAGGUGUGAAGCCAGUAUCUGAAACCUGGUCGACAGAAGCAACUUCUUUAAUGAAAUCAUUGAUACAAAAUAAAGUGGUCACCAUAACAGUAAUUGAUAAAAAUGAGAACACUCUGGCAGUAGAACUUACAGAUACAUCAGUGACUUCAAUGAUAAAUGUGUGUAAUAGCCUAUUAGAGUCUGGUUGUGCAGUUAAAGUAGAUGCCACUGUUGUAACAAUGCUUGAAAGAAGCACUGGCAUAUUGCAAGAGGUAAAUGAUCAAAAGCUGGACAAAGUUGAUUGGGCCUGGGUCACAUUAACACCUAAGCAGGUGGUAAAUGUCACGGUGUGUAUGCUGUACAGCCCCAGAGAGUUCUAUUGCCAGAUAUUAAACGACAAUGACUUGAAGGCUCUAGAAGAACUUAAUACAGCCUUAGCAAAACACUGCCAGAAAACAGCUCCUGCUGUUUCUAAACUUGCAAAAGGAGAGCCAUGCUGUGCUCAUUUCUCUGGUGAUGGUAGAUGGUAUCGUGCUUUGGUAGAAGAGCCCACUUCAGAUGAAGCCUUUAAAGUUCAGUUUGUGGAUUAUGGAAACAACGAAGUAGUUACUCUGGAUAAACUCAGACAGAUUUCAUCUGCGUUUUUGAAACUUCCAUUUCAAGCAAUCAGAUGUUGGUUGUCAGGUGUAAGGCCUAUAAAUAAGGAAUGGACUACAGAAACUGUAGCAGCACUUCAGAUGUACACAGCUGGGAAGAAGCUUCAAGCCAGAAUAGUUUCUCUAACUGCAGAUGGUGCUGAAGUAGAGCUUAUUGACAAUUCUGCUGGCAAUCCCAUAAAGAUCAAUGAAAUUUUAAUGAAUGAACAUUUUGAAAUGGAAGCACUGUCAAAUCAAAAUAUGCUGCUGUCUGAACUGGCAGCCGCUGAUCUCCAAGAAAUUUCUAUACACACACAGUGGACUACUGAAGAAUUUCCAGUUAAUGAAACCAUGUCUGUCCGUGUAUUAGAAGUGAUAAACCCUGACUUAAUCUAUGUAGUCCCAACAAAAACCAAAGUGGAUCCACAGAAGCUGCAUGGACUGAUGCUUCAGCUUGCAGAUUAUUGCACCUCUCAAAAAACUCAUGUCUUCAAACCAAAAGUUGGUGAAGCCUGUUGUGCCAGAUUCUCAGGUGAUAACCAUUGGUACCGUGCUGUCGUUCUGGAAGUUUCUAUAUCAGAAGUAAAAGUGGCAUAUGCAGAUUAUGGAAAUUUGGAGAUAUUACCACUUUCUAGGCUGCUACCUAUAACUGCCGCCUACUUAGAACUACCUUUUCAGAUACUUAAGUGUUCUCUUGCAGGAAUUAUGGAACUGGAUGGAAAGUGGUCUGUAUCUGCAACAGAGAGGUUAAAGGCUCUCUUAGUUAAUGAGUGUGUGAAUAUAAUGGUAAAAGGAGUUAAUGAAAAUAUUCAUGCCGUAACAAUGAAUAAAAAUUGUGAAAAUGAUAUUAUUAAUGUAGCUGACCAGCUGGUAAUUGAAAACCUGGCAAAAUAUAGCAACAGUGAGAAUCAAUGUGCAAAGAAGGCUAAGUGUUGCUGUACAGAGUUAAGAAUACAAGUUGCAAGGCUUGAAGGGAUUAUCUCUUUUCUUCUGAAAGAUCGUUUUGGUGAAGAUAAACUUCCUGAUAUAACUCUAUUGGAGAGCUAGAAUUGUGCUACGGAGUAUGGCAUAACGAACUUUUUAGUAUGCAUAGUAUUGCAAAAGCCACUGACUUGAGCCUGCAAUCAUAAGCACACUUAUUUGGGAAACAACAUCAGCAAUAAAUGAGGCAGUAUUUGGCUGUCAUGAAACUUGAUUUUAUUUGAGGAACUAAUUUUAUUCAUGACAGUUUAUUUUCAGGCUUCUGCACUCUUCUCUGUGAUAGCUGAGACUGAAGAUUACUUGUUUUAGGAAUACUUUGAUUUUACCAGAUUUUGUGGUAAAAGUCUGACUUCAGACAAUUAAACAAAUUCAAAUAUUCUUUCCUACAAAAGACUCAGAAGCGUGAUUUAAUCCUUGUGUAAAAUCACACUCUGUGAACUAGAAAGAAACUUCAUUUUGUUGAAGUGCCCCAUUAGACAUCACCACAAACUGUAGUUACAUUAUAGUUUUCUUAAACCACAUUCUAUGCAUGAAGGCGAGGGAAAUGUCUGAGUUAGAUCAGUGUGUUUUUCUUAUAGUGAACAAAGUUUAGUUUGUUCAUGUCAGCUAAAUUCGGCCUCCGAUUUAAAAAAUAUAUAUGUUCGAGGUAAAUGCCAGGAACAUACCAGAGUCAUUGAACUAUCAUAGUUUUGUUACUGACAUCAAUGGAAUAUUUAAGGAAUGUUUUACUCCUUGCAAAAUUGGAGUGUUUAACACUUAGUUUCCACAAAGAAGACAGAUACAGAGCUGGGCCUGGUUAUAAAAAUGGCACAACAGGAAGACUGCUUGGUACUAUAAACUGUUGUAAACUAGGUUCUUAUAUAUUGUAUUUUAGAGCACAAUAGUAGCUUUCAGAAGACAGUCGAUAUAGGUGAUUUUUCCUGAUUUCUUAUCAUUGUAAGGCUUUCACCAUUGUCACAAAAAUCAGCUGCAUCAGUGUUCAUUUGCUGAGGAAAACUGAUAGAUGGGAUGACUUCAGCACAGUAUUCUGUAGCAAAUGGUCUGAGACAAAAUGGCAAUUAAUGUAAAGCUGCUUUUUCUCUUCAUUUUUGAAAAAAGAAUUCAUGAAGGCCAUAAAGAUUUA